AUGUGUCAGGUGAAGAGUCCUCUCAAGGGGACCUGGUCACCAAUGACAUGUGUUGAGCGAUUGGGACUCCAAGGGGAACCAACUAUCAAGGACACGUGUCAAGCAGAGAAUGCCCUGGAGGGACUUGGGUGUCGAGGACAUGUGUCGAGCAAGCAACGCUUCGGG